GGCGGGCAGAAGUGAAUCUGCUACCUGAUUGGCCUGUAGGAGCAGCCAAUCAGGCUGCAGGCAGAAGUCAAUCCACAAUAUAAUUGGCCCACAGGUGUAGCCCUGAAGUAGCCAAUCACGCAAGGCCCAUUGUGUAAAUAAUGUAUAUAAGCAGAUGGUUUUGGGAAAAGAGCCAUUCUUCUUCUCCUCUUCUCCUUGAUGACUAUGAGCUGAAUAAAGAGCAUGAAAUUCACUCUCGACUCCGAGUACAUUUCACUGGCGACGAGGGUGGGAUCCUGCUGAGCUGACCGCCACCACGCACUGCACCGCAGCACCGCCACCUGCUGCACCGCUGCAUCGCACCGUGCAUCCAGGCUUCAGCUCCAGGACCCAAGGAACCCAGAAUGGCAACCGACAGCAGCUUCUCGCCAUUCAAACCAGCAUCAGGAGACUGGGAAGGGUACGCUGCCCGUUUCAACUUCCUCCUGCAAGCGAAAGAAGUCACCAACGAUGCCAUGAAGAGGGCGACAUUCUUCAGCGUCUGUGGAGAGGAGACGUUUGAAAUCGCCCGGGCUCUCCUUGCACCUAGAGAUGUCGCUACCGUCUCGUACAAAACAAUAAUGGAACGGCUGAAGGAGCACUUCUCACCACAGCCCUCGGUGGUAGCUUGCCGAAAUGCCUUCUACGCAAAGCGGCAAGCCCCGGGGGAAACCAUAACUGGGUUUGUGACCUCCCUCCGCCAAGCCGCCCGGCUAUGCAACUUCUCAGAGUUGGAGAACAUGCUUCGUGACCGCCUCGUCGGUGGCCUGAGGGACGAGAUGUUGCAACGACGCCUCUACGCCAAAAAAGACCUCACGUUCCAGAUUGCUCUGGAGGAAGCCCUGGCAACCGAAGCCGCCGAGAGGUCAACGCAAGAGGCACGACCGGCCCCGCCAUCCCAACCGAGGGUCUACCACGAAGACCUCACCGACGAAUCCGAAUCUGACAGGGAGGAAGUACACCGAGUACAGCGGCGCACUCAAGCAGCACACACACCACAGCAGCCUCGACGAGAAGGAGGGAACUGUGCAAGCUGCGGGGAGAACCACGAGAGGAGGACCUGUCGUUUCCGCAACGCAGAGUGCAGGCAGUGCAGAAAAUUGGGACACAUCGCCCGGGUGUGUCGGGCUCGACUCACCCGUCGACAAGCAUCAGAUGACCGACCCAGGAGCCCCAGGUCACAUGGCACCAUGCACCAAGGCAACUCGACGGAGAUCACGGACUACCAGGGAUUCCUGGCGUCACCCCCUUCUUCGAUGAUGUACUGAUCGCCGGGCCCACACCAGAGGAAUUUGAGGACCGCCUCCGCUCCGUCCUGCACCGUUUCCAGACGGCG